UAUUUUUUCUAAAUUUAAUCGUCAAUACAAGGCUCGCGUUUGUUUAAUAUCGAGCCCAUCCAUACAGGAUUAGCACUUACACAAACACGCGUCAUUUAACAUGCUGUGGCUAUUUGUUCAUUUCAUCGUGUGCGUCAUCCUUUCAGCCAUUUUGAUUUUUUAUGAUGGCGAAUCGCUGUCAUUGCCGUUCAGCUACCAUGCCCAGCAAUAUGAAUAUUAUGUGAUUGCUGUAACUGCGGGUGCUUUAGUAACGCUCUUUGGCCGCGUCGGAGCAAUUCAUACAGCUAAUGCCGCUGUGGACCCAAAAGGCUUAUGCAAGUUGGAGAGCAACAUUUACAAAAGUUUAAUUGAAUAUUUUGCGGUAUUUUUUGUGAUCGGGCCGAAUGAUGUGGAGAGAUGGACAUAUUCUGGAAUAGCACUUCUGGUGAUCAGAAUGUUUCAUUGGCUGACUGAAAGACGCAUUCAGGUUCUACAUCGAGCAACAAUUAUAAGGCCUAGCUUUCAUAUUACGCAAGUGCUGUACCUAUCUGGCCUUUUUUUAGUGAAUUCGUGCAACUUACUCUCAAAUGUUUCAACAUCACUUGAACCUCUGGACAUCCUAUUCCUCUUUGAGUAUGCCAUCCUAAUGUGCAACCUCUUUCACAGUGAUUGUAAGUACGUAUGUGAACUCCUCGAACGCAACUGUGUGGACUCAUGGCACCGUAAUCCACGUAUUUACCUUAUCAUACAACUCGUAUUUCUUAUGAUAAGGGCGGCUCUUUAUAUAUUUUGCAAUUGGUUUUUGUUGACUAAGGUCAUGUUUCUUUGGAUCUAUAACAUACGCUCGAUUUGGGAGACCUUCAGGAACAUCUGGGACACAUUAAAUGAAUACCUAUCCUCUCAAAAGAUUGUGACACAUAUCAAUACAACGCUAUCCCAAGUCUCGUUCACAGAUAUACGCACUCAGGGCCGUAAUUGCGUUAUAUGCAGGGAUGCGAUGUCAAUCAAAGACACUAGGAAGAUGCCAUGUGGCCAUAUCUACCAUGCCGAAUGCUUGGGCGUCUGGUUUCAGUAUCAACAAACUUGUCCAACAUGCCAAUUUGAGUUCCUUGUCGAGACGCGACAACAAAAUGGGGUAAACAAUCGACCUGGAACCGCUGAACGAAUUGCUAGUGCUAUCGUUGCUCAUUUGCCGCCAGCCUCAAUUGUACGUCCAAUGGGAAAUUUGCAGCACUCUGAACAGACUGAAAAAUCACAAUGUGAGCAUAUGGCGGAAGAACCUGUAACAUUGUCUACUCAAAAAACUCCGGCAGAGAGACUAGAGAUUGUUGCUAAAAAGGUUCUCGCUAUCCUGGAAUUAAAAAACAGGCAAGCUAGGAGAGAGACAGCUGGAGUGGAGCCGUCAAUCAAUGUGCCACCAGAGCUAAUUGAAGAAUUGGGUCAGGAAAUUGUUAACUUGCAAAUAAGUGAAAGAGGUGGAAUUGCAGAAGAUGAAGAGAUCGAAUCUAAUUAUACUGAUCUAGACGACUCUUCAGCUAACUCUGACAUACAACAAUCUGUACCAGCUACUAUUAAUUUCAACCCAAACACGGGACCUGUCAACCACCUACCUGCUAAUGUACCAUCGGCAACCUUUACACCAAUGCCACCGAUGUAUCCCUCAUAUUACCCAUUUACAACUUGGUCACACGUGCCUCCUAUGAUACCACCGCCCCCCAUGCUUGGACAACCCGGACCACCGUCACAACAAAUUGUUGUGAAUAUGCCACCAAAUACGGGAUUUUUUAUAACCGGAGGAUACCCGAACGUGCCCAUACCGUAUCCCAAUCUCGCCCCAAACAUGCCACCAAUGCAUACCUCUCAAAUAUUUCCAACCCCAAACGGAUUCGAUUCAAUGUCAAUGCACUCAGUUGAAGAGCCCAGCAAUCCACCAAUGGAUUCCAAUAAUCCAAAUCACCAAUAGCCUCAAGCUUACUAAAUACUAUUAAACCAAGUUAAAAUAUUUAA